GAGUGAAAGUGAUCCAUUCGACACGUGCGAACAGCCCAAAGCCAAGACUCAAACUGCCCUGUUCACAACGUUCCUCUUCUCACUGACCCGAAUAUCUGAACAAUGGAGAUUAUCAUACACGAGGCGGGGCCGAUCUCGCUAAAGACCGAGCUUGACUUCAUGGAUGAAGACGUCCUCAGACUCCGAGAAUCGCUCGAUCGAGAAGUCUAUGCAUAUCGCGAGAAAUGUCGCCGAAGGAACGAGUUGCUGCCAGUCGCCAAACUUCUUCCAGAAUUGUUGUUGGUCAUUUUCGAAUACUACGUGGAGUCGCCGCGGACGUAUAUCAACGACGGUCGUUGGAAAAACUGCUUCGUCUCCCCAUUUGAGAUACACGAAGAGCCGAAAGGUCCCUGCGACUGGAUUCAUGUCGCUCACGUUUGUCAUAGCUGGCGGGCUAUAGCUAUGGGUGCACCUCAGCUUUGGAGCCAUAUUCAGUUAGGAUCACCAACUUGGGUGUCGGAGUUCAUAAAGCGUUCUGGGCAAUAUCCGCUAACGGUUACAACCGGAAGGCAGCCUCAAGGAUUCAUUCCCACUCCAUACCACACUUACCUCCCUCCUCGCAAGUUCAGUUUCCUUCCAUCUCAAAUCUUAUCGUCUCUGGCCUUGGUCUUCUCGCAAUUCAAUCGCUUACAGGAGUUGAACCUGAAUCUGCCAGGACAACACCUUGAGCAUGCGCUGGAAAAGUUCCUUGUAGGAGGGCUCGCAUUUCCCGUUCUGAAACACCUCAGUAUAUCGGACCCAACCCAGCCAAGGACCUUUCAUUCAAGGAUGUUACCUCCAGCCGUUACGAAUGCUCAUUAUCCAUUGUUGAGACGCGUGGACUUUCGGACGUUCACUUUGCAAUGGGUUAUGCCUUGUCUCCGUACGGAACUGACCAGUUUGAUUUUGGUUAACGAUCAUCAUCAAAGUAUGGUUCCAACUUUGGAUGAUGCGUUACGGACUCUGGCACAGCUUCCCAGAUUGAAGAAACUUGUUCUGAACAGGAUGUUGGAACUAGCUGCACCCGAUCACGCUUCGGAAUCGAUCGUCCAUCCUGCCAACAACAUCCAUCUCCCCAAUCUACAACAGUUCAUUAUAUUGGAUUGUGACCCGGAUACAUUUGAUGCUUUCAUGCGUCAGCUCGUCUUCCCUCCUAGUGCUAGCAUCAUAUUCAAUAACAUGAUGGAAAACUCCGCAUUGUACGAAGGGACGAAGAAAGUCAUUUCCUGCGUCCUUGAGAAAUCCCUGCCAAUGGAUACGCCACCUCUGACUGGUUUGACUGUCGAGUUCAGCGUCACGUCACAUAGAUACCGAGUCCUUACUAUCGAGGGCUACAAAGAGGAUUCAACACUCUAUGAAAGUUUGGUCGGCAACAAGCCAUCCAAUCCUGCUUUCAUCAUGCGUUUUGAGAUCCAAGAUUUCAUUUAUGGCAUUACAACCUUUCCGGAAAUCCAUGUCGCACGAGAUACCCUGCUUAAUGCCCCUCUUGACGGUGUCCAGGACUUACACGUAGGAAGUCGAUUGGCGUCGCUUGCUGAAUCAAGACACUCUUACCGAGAUCUAGAAAGCCAGCAACUAGUGACCAGCCUUCUUUUGAGAUGCUCGUCGUCUCACCCCAUCCGUCUUCUGUGCCUCGCUGGAUCCAUUUUCAACAUGCUGCCCGACUUAUUGACAAGUUACAUGUCCGAGUCUUCACGUUCUGAUACGUUGCCAUUGCUCUAUCGUGUUCGAACGCUCAUGUUUCGACGUAUGAUCUUUCACGGCGAUGACAUCGAGUACAACAGGUUCUGCGACUCUUUCAGAACACAGAAACAAUGCCAUUAUUUUGCUUGCGGUGCGUUUUCGACGCUUAUUUUCCAUGAAUUCCGUUCGCAGUUCAUGCGAUCGCGUAUUCUCGACCUCGUCGAAGCCGUGGGUGACAUGUUUUCUCAACAUGGUCGAUUCCUCCAGAAUGCGGGACAAGGCUCGAGUCAAGAUUUACCUGACAUUUGGCCUCAUGCCCAGUUCUCUAUGCCAUACCAAUAUGAAUAUUGUCAGUGGGACUUUCCGGCCCAGGUAACGUUUGGGGACAAAGAAGCUGCCGAUCGCAUAAAUGCUAUUGAGCACGACUGGGUGGCGCACAUCCAGCAGGGACACCGUGUUACCCUUGAUUUCCGAGGCAAUUCAGGCCUCACUGUCCAAAGGAUCGCCGACGCCUUCCGACUAUGGCCUCAUUGACAAAUUUUCUGCGCUUUGCGGAAUCAGAGGCCGCCAUAGCUAGACGUGCGGCGCGCGAGCUUUCGAAGGGAUAGGACGGCAAAGACGGUGGAAAUACUUUUGCUCUACAUACUGCUCCGGAGAGGUGCAAUCAAUGUUUACAGAUUGAACGGGUAUACGUGCCAUUUAUAAAAUGUAGCCUAUGGUUUCGUGAAUAUCUGUAAUGUCAGCACCUCAGAGAAUGAGUUGAUACGUAUGGGGAAAAUCGAUUUUGUUGUGCU